AAACCGCCUUGCAAAUGAAAGUUUGGAAGCAGUUUUACGUGUUGCUAGAAGUAAAUUUGAGCCAAAUAUAAAAAAAGAUUGUAAGCACUAUGCAGUGCCACGCUUCAAAUUAAUAAGUUCUUUUUCAAUUUUAAUAAAUUAUUAUCAAUUCUUUAUUGUCUUCAAUUACCUAUACUUCAGCCGGCCGGCCCGCCAUCAGUUUAUGAUUUGCCCGAGUGGCCCCUAGUCUUAAUAAGUCUGUGCAACCAUGGUUUACUGCGUUCGAUAAAAAUUUUCUUGGUUAUUUUAUUUGAGAGACUAUAAUAUUUUUUAGUCUGUGACGCGUGCAUUUGACAUUUGUAAUUUUUAUAAUCUGUGUACAAACAAACUGCCGCUUGUAAUUCGUAAAUAUUACAAAAUAUAAUUGAAAGUUUAACGUUUAAACAGUUUUUUUGUAGAUUUUUUUAUAUUGAUCAUAUAAUGGCUCGAGUGAUACAGUGGAAAACGGAGCGGUGUCUGUGAUGAGUGAGACCGACGACACGGAUGUUCUAUUGUUGAUUCCACCAAACUUCUUCCUGGUACAUAGCUCAGGAUCAGAGGAUUCCAUUCUAGAUUCUUCUAGAACAGUUGUACAUAGACCACUUUCAUGUACAGCACAAGUUUUAGAUAAGUUAGUAAACCAAGUACAAACUUUGGAAACGAGGUUAGAAAGCUUAGAAGUUUCAAGCGAAGUGUCAACUUUGGACACUCGGUCAAGAAAUAAGACUUGGAACAGCACGGAUAGCAUUGACACUCAUAGCAUAGACCGGAAAUGCUUCACAUUUCCGCGCAGAAGGCGCAGAAAGUUUAUUAAACGUGAGAAACAACGAGAUUUGUCACUUACCAGCCUGGAUUCCACCAGUACUCUUGGGACAACAGUUCCACGGCUAAAGUUACAUGAAGACAUUAAUGUAUAUUCUAAACCUAUCAAAAGUGUGGAUUUACAAAGCAUGGAUGGGGAUAUAAGUAGCAUUGUUUCAACUCCAAAUAAAAAAAAUGAUAAACUACUUCUUCACGAAAUAGAUGAGUUUCUGACUAAAGUGGAGGCCUAUGAGAGUCCAGAAUCAAGGUACAAACAUCAAGAUUCAAAUUUAAGCCCUGAAAAUGUGAUCAAAGCUACCGGUGACUAUAUAACAAGUAAAUUGUCAUCUAAAAAUGAUGAUAUUAAGCUACCAAGUGGAAGAACAAUAUCUGGCAAUGUUUUAGAUAAGUAUAUUUAUUUAGUCAAAAACAAUAACCCAACCCAACAAGAUAAACCAUUACAAACACAAAAUACAACUGUAAACGAAUCUCAAACAAAACCUUCUGAAUCUAAAGUUCAUGACAAUAAAGACAUAGACCCAAAGUCCCCUAGUGUCCGUAGAUUGAAUUUCGAAAAGGAUGUGCAACCCACAUCAACUCCAAAAAAGCCCCAGAGUUGCCUAGACACAUUCCGACCUACUUCAAACAAAGUUUAUGAUAGGGCUACAAAAGUUCUGGAACAAUACAAAGCACAGAAUUACAGUCGUAACACCCAGAAUUCAGUAGAUAGCUACACAAUGUCACCAAAAACGGAGUUUAAAUUACCCCAAAUGAGACCAUUUGCAGAGAAUAGAGAGAGCAUGAAACUACUCCAGAAUAAGUUUAUGGACUCUAUUGAUACAGAUCUGUUGAGUUUGAGUGACUUGUGGGGAGAUAACAGAGAGAAGGGAGAUAGAGAAGGAGUCAAACUGGAGGAGGAGAGAUUAAAAAGAGAGCACUGCGAAGCCAUGAUACAGCAGCUACAAAGGAAGAUUCUAGAACAGCAAGAGAAAUUAGCUGUGGCUGUGAAAGUGGAUAAAGCUAAAGAUGCUGCUAUAGCGAAGCUGCGUGAGGCUUGGCUUAAGCUCACAGGCAGCUUGGAUAAGGCUGAAGAGAGGCAUCGAAACGCAUUGGAGAAGAUGAUGCGGGAAGUGGACAACUUCAGGAUGGUUGCCGAUGAUGCACAGAAGAAAACUCGACAUUUCGAAUCAGAGCUAUACAAAGCAUUGGAUCUCGCUCACGAUUACCAAGAGAAAUGUAAGUUACUAGUAUCUGAGAAAAAAGAUUUGCAAGAGAACAUGGAGAAGUCUUUAGCGGCCAAGAACGAAGUAAUCUCCAACAAGGACAAGGAGAUUGAAGUGCUGAAGGAGAACUAUGAAACUGUGAUGCGGCUGAACAAACAGUCAACAGACUGUGUCAAGAAUUUGGAAGAUGCUCUGGAAAAAGAAAAAUCAUCUCACGAAUCAACGAAACAAAAGUCAAAAGAUUUGUACGACAAAGUACAAUCACUAACGGACGAGACGACAAUAAUACUGCAAGAGCGAGACGUGCUGAAAGAGAAGGUGAAUGAGGAGCGAGCGAGAUGCAACAUACUUGAGCGACAGCUCGCUGACAAGCAGAACCAGUGCAGUGACCUGGUGAAGAAAUGCGAUUUUCUCGACAACGAAGUAAAGAACUUACGGAAACAUAUGGAACUGCAAAAGAACGAGCUAAAGUCCCAUUACCAGAAGCAGCUGGAAGACGCUGUCUUAUCCAAGCUGCAGGAGUUCCAGCAGCAACUCGACCUGGCAGAAAAGGACAUGGAGAGUGAAGCCCGGAGCAAAGAGAAUGGCAUUGUCGACAGCUUUAAUAAACAGAUUGUGAGGAUAGAAGAACAGCACAGGUUAGAAGUGAAUGUUUUAGAAGAGAAGCAGAGAGAAGAGAUCAAGCUGUACCGGCUUCAAUUAGCGCAGGCCAGCGAGAAGAUCGGCUUGCUAGAGAGCAAGCUGGAGUCGUACCGGCGCCGGCGCGGCGAGAUGGCCUCGCAGCUGCACGGCGUCAUGCAGGCGCAGUGGACCCAGGCGCUGCGCAUACUCACCAGCGGCCAGCACCACCCCGACACCGCCGUAACUACUCCGCUACCGUCGUUCGUGCCGGAGUCCGUCGCGCCGCGCCGCCACCUCGCCGCCCCCUCCCCCUCCGCGCCGCCCGGCCCCCCCACCGGGCUCACCCAAAGCCUCCCCCACGGCCUCGCGCCGGUCUCACCGCUCAACGUAGACGGACUCACAGAUACAGAAUUACAGCAUUAUGUUAAAAUGUUAUUAACAAAACCGCCGAACUUCGACGGCAGCGGCGACACGUUACCCGCGGACCCGCACCGGGAAUACAACGAGGAGCCCACGAGCGACCGGCCCGACCGACACGACCGGAAGGACAAGGCCAAACGCAGUCUCAACCCGAACAAACCCCCGUGGAAAGCGUAGUUAACGUCUAACAGCCGUUUUCAAUAAACGAUCCCAACCUCAAUCUUCAAUCCGAAUCCAAGAAUGAACCAAUCACAAUUAUUCGUUUGUAAGCAUGUCAAAAAAACUUUGUUCUGAUUGUUCCAUCUUUGAGAUCGGAUAAAGCGAUUGGGAUCGAUUGUUGAAAAUGAUGAUGAAUGGGAUAAAUAAGAAUAUGUAUAUACAGGGUGUAACAGAAUGUGGGUAUCAAUAAUAACUCUAUUAACGCCUUAUUGGAUGAGAUCUGACGGAAAAUUUAAGCUUCUCAACGGUCCAAGAUGUAGUCAUCCACAUAAGUAGAUGAACUAGUUCAAAACUCAAAUCGCCUGAACAUUAUUGUGUUCUUAGCAACAAUAUUUUUUCAUUACGAAAAUAAAAUAAGUAUUAAAAUAAAUAUUAUUUACUUCUUACAAAGAAAAAAUAUCUCAAGUAAACUGAAUGUGUAUCGGCGAUUUGAAGUUUGGACUUUGUUGAACUACUCUGUGUCUGACUACCUGUCUUAUUCUCUGUGCUGUUAAUUAAAUUUCUUGAUAUAGUGCUGCAAAUGAUUAUAAAGUAAUGAAUUAUUACUUAACAACUGUUCCCAGUUAAAUUAAAUUAACAGUAAAAUAUUCUAGAGUUCAUUGAUCUAGUCUGAAAUUUGGCAGUGGUAUAAAUUCACAGUCCACCAAUUACGCCUCGUAAAUUUCUUCAUUCUCACUUUCCUAUUUCUUUCGAGUUAAUUCCAUUUUACAAAAAACGUGCCAUUUUAUAAGGGUUUUAAUGCAAGUUUUUGACCGAAAAGUAUGGAAAUAAAACUAUGUUCUGUGUGUCAUUUCUUAGCUAUGGGAGCUAAUCUGGUUUAUUUUAGUUUCGGUCUGCAACCUGCAUAAAAUAGCUAUAUUUGAACCCGAUUCCCACCGAUAUUUGAAUAGAUUUAGUAUAAAAAAUAUUUCUGUGCUUGUAUGGAAUUAGAGCAUAAUUUAUACAACUUUUAAUUUUGGCGUAAUUUGUGGAUCCACAUUGAAAGUUUGUGUGUUACGUAUUUAGAUAAAGAUUCCUCGAUGUUUACAAGUGUUUAAUAAUGGUAUCAAAUAUUUUUUUCUUUCUAAAAGAUAAUUUUGUACAAUGUAAAGGUGCUUUUAUACGCAUUUUGUACGUAGUUAAAGUUAGUUAUAUUAGUUUUGACAUAUUUAUGAAGUUUCUCGAUUACAUUCCAAUUCACUCCAUGUUUUUAUAUUUAAUAAAAUAUUUGAUGUUAAA